CCCCGCAGAGCCGCGCACAGCGCCCGGUGCCGCCGCCGCACCUGGCACCGGGACCGGCUCCGGCACCGGGACCGCCGCCGCCGGCCGGAGGGAGCGGGGAGCCCCGGCGGCUAUGGCGGGCCGGGGGCGGCCGGUCCCGGCUGCUCGCUGAGCCGGGGCCGCUCGGCCGCUGCUGAAAGCCGGCGGGCUGGGCGCUGCGGCAACCGGGCACCGGGCGGCGGCCAGGAGCCAUGGGGGGGGCGGCGGCGGCGGCGGCGGCCAGCGGGGACCCGGCCCUGCCCGCCCGCCGCGCCGCCCGCCUCAGGCCCCGCUGGUAACGGAGGGAGAGCGGCCGGAGCCCAGACGCUGCUGCCUGAGCUGCUAAGAGAGGGGCUGCCUCGGAGCCCCCUGCCACCCGCUGCAGCCCCCGGAGCAGACACCGAGUGCUGUGCACGGCCACCAGCUUGGAUCGGAUGCCCCGCGGUGCCGCUGGCCAGCGCCUGCCCUGGAGCCCAGCCACGCAGUGAGGGUGCCGGGACACGUGCCCGUGGGGCCGCACGCCUGCCACGCUCACAGGCACCCCGGGGAGCCCCCCGCAGUGGCCGGAUACGCGCAGCCAUGUGAUGCCGGAGGAGCGCGGCGAUGAUAUGGAAUGUGGGCAGCUGGCUGCGGACACGCUCCGACAGGUGACGGUCCUGCGCCACCCCCGCUACGGAUUCGGCUUCGUGGCCGGCAGCGAGAGGCCCGUGGUGGUGCGCUCGGUGGCAGCAGGUGGCCCCUCUGAGGACAAACUCCUGCCAGGAGACCAGAUUUUGGCCAUCAACGAUGAGGAUGUGAGCGAAGCCCCCAGAGAGAGGUUCAUCGAGCUCGUCAGGAAGGCCAAAGACUUCAUCAUCCUCACAGUCCUGCACACCCACCAGUCCCCCAAAUCCGCUUUCAUUAGCGCAGCCAAAAAGGCGAAGCUGAGGUCCAACCCGGCGAAGGUCCGCUUUUCCGAGCAGGUGACGGUCGGCGAGACAGACCCAGACAUGCUGAAGAAGGAAGCUCUCCUCCUCAUCCCCAACGUGCUGAAGGUUUUCCUGGAGAACGGGCAGAUCAAGUCCUUCACGUUCGAUGGCCGAACCACUGUGAAGGACGUGAUGGUGACGUUGCAGGACCGCCUGUCCCUGCGGCACAUCGAGCACUUCGCCCUGGUCCUGGAGUACUCGAGCCCGGAGCAGAGCCACCGCUUCCUGCUGCUCCAGGACAAGCAGCCGCUGGCCCACGUCGUGCAGCGGACGCACUACCACGGCAUGAGGUGCCUCUUCCGCGUCAGCUUCUUCCCCAAAGACCCCGUGGAGCUGCUGCGCCGCGACCCCGCGGCCUUCGAGUACCUCUACAUCCAGAGCCGCAACGACGUGAUCAGGGAGCGCUUCGGCGUGGACCCCAAGCCCGAGAUGCUGCUGGGGCUGGCUGCCCUCCACAUCUACAUCACUGUGGCGGCCACGCGGCCCAGCCAGAAGGUGUCCCUCAAGAACGUGGAGAAGGAGUGGGGUCUGGAGCCCUUCCUGCCCCCCUCGCUGCUGCAGCUGGUCAAGGAGAAGAGCCUCCGCAAAUCCCUCUCGCAGCAGCUCAAAGCUCACCAGAACCAGCCCGGCGGCACCAAGGUCUCCGCUGCCCAGGCCAAGCUGCAGUACCUGAGGAUCCUGAACGAGCUGCCCACCUUCGCCGGGGUCCUCUUCAGCACCGUGGGACUGGACGAGAAGCAGCCGGCCACCACGCUGCUGGUGGGCCCCCGGCACGGCAUCAGCCACGUCAUCGACCUCAAGACCAACCUGACCACCGUGCUGUCCGAGUUCAGCAAGGUCAGCAAGAUCCAGCUCUUCAGGGAGAACCAGGGGGUGGCCCGCGUGGAGACGAGCAUCCUGGAUGCCAAGCCGCUGGUGUUGCUGAUGGAGUGGCCAGAAGCCACCAACUUCGCCUGCCUGAUCGCAGGCUACUGCCGUCUCCUGGUGGACUCCAAGAAGAUGAUAUUCUCCAGGCCCCCCAGCCAGCCCCCGCCGCCUCAGAUUAUCAAGGCAGAUUACAUCAACGCACACAACCUCCACCGGCCCGCGGGGCACACGGGGAAGAAGGAGAGCGGGUUCGUGGGUGGCCCCGCCGCCAGCCCCGCCGAGGGCCGGGCUCGAGCGGCCAGGGCCUCGGACUCGGAGCUCGUCAGCUUUUGCUACCUGCACAUGCGAGAGCAGAGAAAGGAGAGGGAGAGCAGGACGGACAUCAACGAAAACCUGAUCUUUUUCGAGGAAACUCGCCCCAGGACCAAAUCCGACCCCACCUCCAAGAGCUCUGGCCAAGGCUACGACGGGGCUGCCAACGAGCGCGACCCGGACGGCCUCGACCGAGAGCGGCACGCCAGCCGGGCCCGGGCGCACACCAUCGACACCCACCCGCGGGGCGACGCCGCCCACUUCUACUGCGAGUCCUGCCAGGCCAAAAUCAAGAGCCGGCUGGCCCUGCGCAAGGCGGGCAAGCCCGGCGGGGCCCGCGACAACAUGGUGGACCUGAUGUCUCUUCCCCCUCCCGGCAGCGAUGAGGAAGAGGACGAGACGACGGCCCUGCUCCCCGCCAUCGCCGCCCCCCCGCCCGGCUUCCGCGACAACAGCUCGGACGAGGACGACCCCAAGCGCCGGGCGGCGGCCGCCCAGGGCCAGGAGCAGGGCCGGCACCUCUGCGGCAUCCUCUACGACGAGAUCCCCGUCACGCUGAUAGACAGCGUGCAGACACGGACGGUGCGGGACCAUGCCCAAGAGCUGGACGAUGCCCUGGUGUCCACCCUGCAGGCGCUGGAAGCCCUGGCUGCUUCAGAGGACUGUCCGCAUCCCCCGCCGCAGCAGACAGCAGGUCUCAUUGUCCUGGCCGCCAUCACACCUGAGUCAUCCUUGGAUUCUGGCCACGAGACCAACUCAUCAGAGCUGACUGACGUCUCGGAGAUGGUCUCCGCUAUGAAGCAGCAUCAGAACGCAGCCUACUUCCUCGCUCAGCACAUCAACAAAGAAAACCUCCUGGCCAGAAAGGACUUGCCUUUCCGAAUCCAGAGCUGCUCUGCCCAGGCUGUUCUCACCACGCCAUACGCCCUCAACCGCCAGGAGCCAAACUCGGCGUUGAAGCCAGCUUUCUCUCACCAAAGCCCCAACCUUACCAACUGCAAGAGCAAACAGGAGCAGCAGAAUGCUGAGCGGAGCUACGGCUCGGCUGCCCAGCCGCUGCUGACCCCUCAGCUGAGUGAGCAGAACAGGGGGGCUCCAGCGCCAGGCUCUGAAUGCAAAGGCGCAGGCCACACGAAAGCUGCCUUUGAGGUAUCUCUGCAUGCCACAGCAGCCCCAAGCAGGGAGCAGGCGCAGGAUCUACAAGAGAAGAUGCCCAGAGAGGUCAAGCCGAGCCCCAAGCUCCUCCCAGAUCAAAAGAGCGGCGUGACCACAGCCAUCAUUUCAGCUGCUCUGCAGCAAGUGGCAAAUGCACAAGGCUCGGCUCCCCAGGCAGCAGCAGCCUCAAAAGAAGACAAGAACGUGAAUGGGACCAGCAGCUGUGCAUCAGCCAGCAACAAGUCCUUGAAACUUAAAGGAAGUCAACAAACUUCAGAGCCAUUAUGCAACUGCCAGCAGCAGCAGCAGCAGCAACUCUCUCAACAGCAGCAUAGUGAGGUUUCCUCAAGUUCUAAUGAAGCUCACAGCAGUAAGGCUGAAGCUUUCCACCUCACCUCAGCAGGUGAGGAAGUGAUGCCCAGUAAGACUUUUGCCUCUAAAAGCUACCAGCAAAAAGUGAGUCGAGAUGCCCCAGGAAAAGCAGCGUGUGGAGAAACAGGUCAGAAGGCAGGUGGGGAAACCAUGAACCUCAUUUUUCAGAAACACGCGGCUCCUUCAAACCAAGCAGAGAAAACGCAACAGGAAAGUUUAGCCAAAAGCUUAAAAGUUGAGAGUAGCAAUCUGCACUCUCCGUCACCUCUUAGCACUUUCAGGAGCGCCAGCGAGGAUUCCAAGGGGCCGAUCCAGCUAGUGCCCAGGUCCGAGAGCCUGCAGAUCAGCACCGUGCCUUCCAAAAAAGUAGAAAAGGUCCUGGAGGUGACCCAACCAGAUAUUGAUGUCCCAGCUAAACCCAAAGCUCCCAAAGCUCCCUUCAGGUUCAGGAACCUGUUCUCUGCAACGUUUCCUACCCGGCUGAAGAAGGAGACGGACGAGCGGCAAGCCCAGCUGCAGAAAGUGAAGCAGUACGAGCUGGAGUUCCUGGAAGAGCUGCUCAAGCCAAAGAGCAAAGGGGACCUCCCGCCACAGGAGUACCUACACCCUCCCGCUCCUGGACGCUGCAGCUGCCAGCUCAGGAGCAGUCCUGUCCAAAAAGUCCCCGGGAUGUCCAGGGAGCAGAGGCGCAGCUGUGACUGCAAGCGGAUCUGUAGGGGGGUGAGGCCACCCAUGGUGAUGCCAGAACUGGAGAGGCAAGGGAGGGAUAAAGUUGCCGAUGACCAGAAGCAGGCAGAAGCCAUCAGGCUGACAAGCAUGAGCAGCCCUUCCAAAGGCAAGCGGAUACGAUCGACGAGUUUAGAGUCCAGGGACUACCGGUCAGAUCCCGAGAACAGCAUGUCGUGUUUGACAACGUGUGCUUCCCGAGGGGAAUGCAUGGGUGCUCCACACUAUAAGAAGCUCUUGCGCCGCUACAGCGUUAGUGAAUUGGAUAAGACUGAUAGGACGUCCCUGUCCUCUGACAUCUACCAAAACAUCUAUCCGGCCAAGCAGAAAGGCCCUCAGAAAGAACCUGAGCCCAGCAUCCUUUGUCCCGUUUUGAAGAGCAAAAUCCAGGAAGCCUCAGGAGCGGCUGAUCCGUCCUAUGUCCAAAUAGCACAGGAGAAAAAGAACCAGAAAGGUUCGGCGGUGUUCUCUGUCCAGGAGGAGCUGUAUCCCAGUCCCACAGAGCUGCAGGAUGAAGACAUGGAGGACGAGAAGUGCUGCUCCAUCCGGUACUGCUUCUACUACAGGAAAUGUGAUGUCGCAGAUGACGGGAGCGAGAAAGAUGAGCUGUCCUACUCCAUCCCCAUGCAGAUACUGCCGGGAAUGAAGCUGGACAAUCAGAUGGUCCCGGUCAUGAGCAGGACCCUUCAGGUCCUCGAUGCUACAGCCUGCAGCAGUCCCAAUGACAGCCAAACCCAGGAAAUAGAUUUAAGGACCUCCACUUUUGAGGGGAGCCUGGCAAAGAUCAACACCCUCCGAGGCCAUGCCUACAGCUUGCCCAACGGCUUUCUGCAGGUGCAGCUGGACACCAACGAGCUCCUGACCAUCCUGCGGCAGUGCGUGGUGAGCCCCGAUGUGCGGGACUGCAAGCCCUACAUCUCCCAGCUGGCCGAGUACAAGCAAGAGCUCGCCCUCAAGUUCAAGGAGUUCCGGGCGUCGUGCCGCCGGGUGGCAGCCGUUGACAAGAGCCCUACCCACAUGCUCUCCGCCAUCACGAGCAGCUUCCAGGUGCUAAGCAGCCUCAUCGAGACGUUUGUGAGGCUGGUGUACGUCGUGCGCUCCGAGUCCCAGCGGCAAGAGCUGCUGGCCAAGGUGGAGGAGGUGGUGAGAAACUACACGUUCCUCCUGCGGGCUGCCGAGGAGUCCACGGCCAGGACGCUGAGCCACCAGCAGACAGUGGAGCAGCUCGCCCGCCAGUCGGCCACGGUGGCCACCGUCAUGAGCACGCUCACGCGCUCCCUGAAGACGCUGAUCAAUAAGUAAACCAGCUCCCAAAGCCAGCAAGCCAGCGUGUGCCGGGCCGUGUCGGUGGUUCUCGCGUCGCCUGAGUCCGGCCAGGACGUGUGUCUGCAGGGAAAGCCCUCACCCGGUGGGGUUUGCAGCGGAAAGGACAUCGCUUUAUUUCUCUGCAGAAGGGAUGGUUGUGGUGGUGGUGUGGUGAAAGGUGAAGUCGUGCCCUGAUGCAAGCUGUGCAGACAGCUUGCCAGGGGUCUCAAGCAGCUGCUCUGCUCUCCCAUGCUGGCUUGGCAGUGACUGGCUUGGCAGGGACGGAGGCACGGUCACCCCGUCCCCACGCUAGUCUGGUUCCGUGUGGUUCUGGGCCUCCCUCGUGCAAAGCCCUGACACCGUCUCCCUUUGCCACGGGGCGUGCUGGCCAGCAGCCAGCAGGAACUGAGGG